UAUAGAAGAACAAGAAGUAAAGUCAACCCUUAUAGAAAUGAAAAAAACACAAGAUUUGUAUAAGAAGAAAGAAGAGAUCCUAGCUAUGAUUGGAAAAAGAACUUUAAUCGAAGAGUUUUGA